AUGGAGCCAGAACGUGUGUUCUCUCCGGUUAGUCUUCCUUUUCUCAGAGAGCGUGUCUUUACCCCGCCUCCGCCUCCAACACCACCAAUACCGUUCAAAGAGAAGAUUCCCCCACCACCUGUCAAAACCCAACCUCAACAACAACAACAACAUCGAACCCCUCCUCAAUCAUCUACAUCCAAAACACGCCCACAGACUCCACGUUCCGCGCCCGCUGCGACAGCGGUGUACGAAAAGGAUAAGAGAAGAACCAGUACAAUGAUUGACCCUGAUAUGCCCAUGCCUCCCAAGGUACAUCAACAGGAAGCGGAAGAUGGGAGUGAUGGUUCAAACGAAAACCUCGGAGAUCUCGAUCCACCUGAGGAGAUGGAUAAGCAGGAAGAGAAGGGUGAAAAUGAGGUGCUGAGGAGGGGGUUGAGACCUCUCAGAUUGUCGAAUCUGCUUCUGUCGGAAAAUGCUAGCGUCGAGUCUCCUAUCCUGACUUCAUCUGGGGCGGUUUUUGGUUACUCUGAUCGUGCCGGCUCCCAUCUCUCAACUACUGCUGUCAAAUCAUAUUUAGAUUCUGCGACAUAUAACUUAUCUAAUCCUGCACAUAUCAACGCUACUUACGACGACAACAACGAACAGGCUAAUGUCAUCUCACGUCCCUCUAAUGGUCUAUCAUCCUAUAGGAACCAAACAUCUUCAUCUGUAUUACCAUCCGCACCUACAUUUGCAUCGUCGCCAACUGCUAUCUUGAACUCGGACCCUCAAUCUCUUUCGGUAUUUAAUGCUCCUGCGUCUUCGGCUUCAUCGCUAUCGUCUUCCUCUUCCCAACCAUCACAACCUCAGCAACUGUCCUCUAUGGCAUUCUCUCGCCCCAGACCUACCUCGAUCCUCCUCCCACCUUCCCGAUCGACUUCUCGUCCUACUUCAUUCUCGGCUGGACCUACUCAGAGACGUCAAUCCCGUAUCCACUACAUCCGACAUGUUGACCCUGACCCCAAUGUACCGAUACCGAAAACAGCACCGGUAUAUACAACAGAUCCCGCAUGGAAUAUGGCCUUCGUUCACUCCAGAGGAUCUUUAUCUCCGGUUCCCAAGCCAAACUUGGAGCGAGACUCGAACUCUUCCGCUGGGAGGCGGUUUGAUGAGCAAAAAGCGGCUGUGGGCGGGUCUGAGUUUUCGGGGAAACAACAAGAAGAGUCGGGCUCCGGUUCGACGUCCUCCAGAAUCCCAUAUACUCAACGAUCCCAUCUCCGUCACACCUGGGGAGAGGACAUGGACGUUCGACACCAUACAUUGCCGCCGCCACCACCACCUAUCCGCAUCCCAACGCCGUCACAACACUCCCAGUCCCAGCGAUCGUCUCUGUCCCAGUCUGUUAGCGCAGAGUCUCCGGCGUUGUUAUUCGCUAUUGCAAGUGAUGAUCCUGCAGAGAUAGAGAAAGUUUUGGAGGAGGCAGAGGCUUCAGCCGCUUCGUCUUUACAUUCCACUUCCAAUACUAAUGCGAACGGCAACACUCCAAACGCCGAACCACCUCUUACCUCUUCAACAAUCACCCCAAAUCCAGUUCAUACCAAUGACACCGUCGGUCCACAAUCUCGGUCGGCUUUAGAAUUCGUGUUGACGAAUGAUGGGUUACGAAACAAGUUGGAUAUUGUUAAAGUUUUGCUUGGGUAUGGAGCUGAUCCUCUUAAGGCUGGUUUUGGAGGUUCUUCAGAGGCAGGGAAUACAAAUACGAAUGAAACGGCUGAUUCAGAUUCGAUGAUGAAGAAAGUCAAGUCAAAGAUUGAUGAUUUAGAUGAGGCUACAAGAUACUACCUGUCCCGAGCAACGUCCACGAUGGCCCGUAAAACCGCUGCACUCUUAAAGCGUUCUACAUUCCGGCCUUUACAACGAAUGAGGUACGGCAUUGUAGGGCAAGAUCGAGCGCUGGAACAGCUGUUCCGUGUUUUAAGUAUGCAUCCGCAUUCGGGAGCGAAGAUGGGUCGACAGCAGCAGCCGGUGGUCGUUUUUCUUUGUGGCCCCAGUGGACAUGGAAAGAGUUUGUUGGCACAUCAAUUCGGUUCCCUGUUGGACGUUCCCAUUCAUACCGUGGACAUGACCACACUACGAUCGGCGGACGAGCUAUGGAAGUCCUAUUCAAUCAGUUCUAGUGAGGACACCGUUCCAUGCACCUUAGUCGAGUUCCUCGCGAAUAAUGAGGGUAAGCGAUGCGUUGUUGUGCUUGAUGAAAUCGAGAAAACGGAGGACGCAAGAGCUCUCUGGUCCCUACUUGUUCCGUGGGAGCUGGGACGCUGCACCUUUGAAGCCAACUCUCGGACGAUCGACGUCCGAAAUGUGAUUUGGGUCGGUACCUCCAACAUCGGGCAAGACAUCAUCUUCUCAUUUCACGAAUCCCGUUCUCGAUCGAACGACAUCUACACUCGUGAGGAAUACGUGGAACUCAUGGGUAUCCUCCGACCUCGCGUUUCUGAUCAACUUGGUGCCUCCAUAUUAUCAAGAGUUUCGGCUAUUCUACCCUUCGUACCCUUCACGGAACACGAACGUCGAGUUAUCGCUGCUGAAUUUGUGAUACAAAGUGUAAAUGAGUCGGAGUUGGUGAAGGAGUUGGUGUUCAGUCAGAACGAUAAGGAGAUGGAGAGGAGGUGGAGGGAAAAGAUUAUUCAGGGGGCGAUGGAUGAUUUUAUUUUAUCAGAGGGAGCUAGGUCGUUGUAUAGAGCGGUGUCGAGUCAUUUGGUGGAUUCUCUAGAUGAGUUGUAG